AUGGCCUCCGUGCUAGUGAGUUGUACUCCUCCUGGGUCUCGGCGGGAACCGGAGGGGCGCGCCCAGAGACAGGACAAGUAUUCGGUGCUUUUACCCACUUACAACGAACGCGAAAACCUACCUCUCAUCGUGUGGCUGCUGGUGAAAAGCUUCUCCGAGAGUGGAAUCAACUAUGAAAUUAUAAUCAUAGAUGAUGGAAGCCCAGAUGGAACAAGGGAUGUUGCUGAACAGUUGGAGAAGAUCUAUGGGUCAGACAAAAUUGUUCUAAGACCACGAGAGAAAAAGUUGGGACUAGGAACUGCAUAUAUUCAUGGAAUGAAACAUGCCACGGGAAACUACAUAAUUAUUAUGGAUGCUGAUCUCUCACACCAUCCAAAAUUUAUUCCUGAAUUCAUUAGAAAGCAAAAGGAGGGGAAUUUUGAUAUUGUUUCUGGAACUCGCUACAAAGGCAAUGGAGGUGUAUAUGGCUGGGAUUUGAAAAGAAAAAUAAUCAGUCGUGGGGCCAAUUUUAUAACUCAGAUUUUGCUGAGACCAGGAGCAUCUGAUUUAACAGGAAGUUUCAGAUUAUACCGAAAAGAAGUUCUCCAGAAAUUAAUAGAAAAAUGUGUUUCUAAAGGCUAUGUCUUCCAGAUGGAGAUGAUCGUUCGGGCAAGACAGUUGAAUUAUACUAUUGGUGAGGUUCCAAUAUCAUUUGUGGAUCGUGUUUAUGGUGAAUCCAAGUUAGGAGGAAAUGAAAUAGUCUCUUUCUUGAAAGGAUUAUUGACUCUCUUUGCUACUACAUAAAGAAAGUUAUUCAGUACUUAUCAUGUUUAUUUCAAUUUAAACAUAAAAGAAGCCUGAUUACUGAUUUUUAUAAAAUGUACUCUUAGAACAUAAACCAUAAGGUAAGGUACAUUUCAUGCAAAUCUUCUUUCUGAAGAAACUCUAUUUUAUGUUUCAAAUUAAAUAAUCUUAAAGUUACUGGUUUAAUGAGCAAUGUUUUAAAUUUUCAUUUACAUUUUGCUGUAUUAAGACCUAUAAAUAAAUGUAUAUGGGGUUUUUUGCAUAAAAUAUUGCUGCUUUCAUUAGAGUAUGUGAAUGCAGAAUUUCUUACAUGAGGAAGAAUUUGAAGUAUUUUUUAUAAAAACUGGAUUCAUAGCUCUUUAUACCGAAUAGAUGUCAAAAGUAAGAGGAAUGUUAAUUGUAUUCGUGAAAUAUAUAUGGCUGUUCCUAUCUGAAUUGGAAAAGAAAUGUACAGUUUUGCCCUUUCCCUAAAAAUGUAUCUCAAAUUUCUUAAACCAGAUCAAACAAUACACUUAGAGCAGACUUUUGGAGUAGGAUUCUUUUCAGCUGUUGAAUUGAUGAAGCAUUUUAUCUAUUAAAGCAAGCCUAUUUAAAAUAUGUAUUGUGAAUUGGAAAACAGCUUAGCAGCAGCUGAUUACAUAGCUUUUCUCUUUUGAGCAAUAACCUCUAUCAGUAAGGAAAAAUAUUGAUGACAUUGAGGCACAAACUUAGCUGCUAUAGUAACUUUUAAACAUCUUACUGAAUUUCUUAUAAAGAUUUUCCCCCCCAAAGUAUUUGUUUUCAUAUUAUUUCAAGAUCUUCAACAAACCUUACAUCUUUACUAAUAUGACAAAAAUCUCUUCUCCUAGUUCUUCUAAAAGUGUUCUGCCAGUUAAAAUACAGAUUAUGUUGUUUAAUAAAGCCAGGGCAAAUAUUCUGUAUACCUACCUUCUCAAAAGUAGGUAUUUCAAAAAAGAUCAAUUUCUAACUGUAGCAUAGCUUUUGGAGCUUGCAAUAUCUGUUAAAAUUUAAGUUAAGAACAUACUUACAGCAGGUAAACUUAAGAUCAAGUUGACUUUCCUUUGCAAGUAAAAAGAAGAGGUAUCUCUAAAUUAAUUAAUGAUCAUAUUUAGUGAACAAUUUUCCUAAUUACUACAUUUUCCUGGCUUAAUUUGGCUGAAGAGAUUGAAAGCCUGAUUUAUUUGAAUUUCUCUCACAGAUCAUACCAAAAAUGAAUACAAGACUGUCAUUUUGAACACUAAAAUUUUCUCCCCACUCCCAUAGUUGAACCCUUAGUACACAUUCCAGUAGGGGCUACUACUAUCUUAUUUUCCUUUUGCCCAGCGCCGUUCAGCUGGCCCACUAGGGACCUACCUUCCUUGGGGAAGUGACUUCUCUCCUCAUUAAUAACUACAAAAUUUAUCAGUGCUCUUGACGUAAAAUUAGUUAUAAGCUAAGAUAAUAGAAAUGUAAUAUUCUCAGUUGUUUGGAGCGUUCAGAAUCUAAUCUCUUUAACCUAAACCCAAAGUUAAGUUUUGAGCAUCAAGUAUGUGGAGUAGAAAUUAAGUAAUCACCUUAGAGAACCCACUAUAAAGUAGAGAAUGGUAGCCUUCUCAUACCUCUCUUAAAGUAAAUAACUUUUGCCUUUUUAAUCUUUACAGUUCAUAUUCCCACAAUUAUUAUAACACUAUCACUAUUGGAAUUUACAGUAAAGAAUAUUUGAGCAGUGAAGACUCUCACCAUUUGGAUGUUGUUUAGAAAAGAAUCUGGACUAUUUAGAUCCAUUUUUGUAGUAAAUCUAGUGACUUAAGCACUGUAAAAUCCUUUUAAACAUUUACAUCUGAAUCCAGCAUCCCUUUUUGCUUUGUAAAUGAAUCCAAGGAUGAAAUCCAGAUGUUUUCCCUUUGUAUU